CAUGCGCUCGGGCGAGUCAUCAGUGAGUGUUGGAGAACGAGACUUUUAUAGCUUAUCAGUGAUCGAGUACAGUAGCAAAGCGAUAAUUGUCCAGUUUUUCUGCAAGUUGCACUAGUCAGAAUGCCCACAGGACCACAGCCCAGCGCAGAGCAAGUAAACGAGGUGAAGACUCGUUUUCUGGCUAAGCUAAAGUCCGAGCCGCCGGCAGUGCCCUUUCAUGCCAGUGACUUGGCUCGUAUCAAUGAUAACGAUAUCUGGAUAACAGUGCUGCUGGAGGCCUAUAAGCUGGACGUAGAGAAGACCAUAACGCGUUUGUGGGAGAAUUGCGAAUGGCGUCAGAGUUACGGUACAAACAAUAUUACUGAGAAGGAUGUGAAUCAGGAGUAUCUAAACGAUGGCGAAAUCUAUGUGCACAAUCAGGAUCAUGAGGGCAAGCCCUUGCUCAUUGUGGACUUCUCCAAGCACUCGAAGAGCAAGAAUCAGGACGAUCUGAUACGCCUGAUUGUCUACUGGGUGGAGCGCAUACAGCGCAAGGAUUAUCUACAGAAGAUGACCCUCUUCAUGGAUAUGACCAAUGCGGGACUGAGCAAUCUGGACUUGGACUUUAUCAAGGCAAUCAUCAACCUGUUCGAGACCAAGUACCCCUACACGCCCAACUACAUCAUCGUGCACCAGCUGCCCUUCCUGCUCAACGCGGCGUUCAAAGUGGUGAAAACUUUCAUGCCAGCAGACGCUUUGGAAAUACUGCGCGUGACCACCAAAAAGGACAUUAAACAGUAUGUGAAUCAGGAUAACUGCCUGAAGAUCUGGGGCGGGAAUGAUGACUAUAAGUUUAAAUUUGAAUCAGCCUAAACGCUAACUGUAUAUAUGCUACAUACUUAAAGCUAUGCAUCAAUAAUAUAUAUUUUAUUACCAGAAUAA